UAUCUCGUACGUGUCCAAACGAGUGCGCCAAUCAAGCCGUCUCUAUCUCGCAGCAAGGCACUGUUUAGGAAUAGAACACGGCAGCCGAGAGGUCCAUCUUCCAGGCUAAAAUACCGAUCUCUGACACCUGGACGUGGCUGUUGAAGCCUUCUACUUCUCUAUUCAACGGAUCCCCCCGGUUCUUUCGCUGUUGGAUAGUUGAUUACUGUUUGAUUUCUGCCUGUUUUCCGGAACAUUGACUGACUCCUGCUCCGCUUGGGUCUGGUUGUGAUUCAGCUGUAUAUAUCAUUCGCUUCCAGCAGUACAUAUCGACGGCAACUUUGGUCUGAGGGAUUUCCUGGCCACCAGCAAAUCAACAAUCUACCACUUCGUCAACGACCUCAGCACAUCCGCAAUCAUGCCCUUUCAAUUCCCGGAGAUCGUGAGCACAUACCGCUUCUGGGCGAUAUCGUCCUCAAUAACCUCUGUACUGCUGGUCAAAUUGGCUCCGUCGAUAUCGAUAUCCCGAUCAUAUGGGUGGACUGCCGCAGCAUUAUUCCUCCUGCACUUGACAAUAUGGUUCGUCUACAACACAUUCAUCUACCCACGAUUUGUCAGUCCUUUGCGCCAUCUACCGACUGUGCCCGGUGGCAGUAGAAUCAAUGGCCACUGGAUGACACUCCUGAAAGAGCCAUCAGGCAUUCCGAUGCGAAAGUGGGCGAACGAGAUUCCGAACAACGGCCUCAUUCGUUAUCUUCACCUCUUCAACCGAGAACGUCUUCUCCUCACUAGCCCCCAGGCUCUUAGCGAAGUCUUGACGCUGAAAAGCUAUGACUUUGUCAAACCCGAACUCCUCCGCCUCGGCAUUGGACAGGUUCUCGGUGUGGGAGUGCUUCUUGCGGAAGGUGACGAGCACAAGGUGCAAAGAAAGAACUUGAUGCCCGCAUUCCACUUCCGCCACAUCAAGGAACUCUACCCAAUCUUCUGGAACAAGUCGCAAGAAAUGGUCCGAUGCAUCCAGACCGAACUUAAGAGCUCGACCGACCCGAAUCCAUUCGUCGAGGUUGGUGAAUGGGGCAGCCGCGCCACCCUGGACAUCAUCGGCGUAGCAGGCAUGGGCCAAGACUUCAACGCCUUACAGGAUCCUACAAAUGAACUGAAUCGCGUCUACCGAGCCGUCUUCCAACCCGACCGAACCGCCCAGAUCCUUGGGGUUCUACAGUUCUUCCUCCCGCAUAUCAUCCUGCGCAAUCUACCCGUGGACCGCAACAAGAGCGUCAACGCCGCCAGCAGUGUCGCCCGCAACACAUGCCGCAAACUCGUCGAGCAGAAGAAGUUGCGCCUCGCCAACAAAGAGCCCAUGCAACAGGACAUCAUCUCCGUAGCUCUUGAGUCCGGCGGUUUCACGGACGAAGAACUCGUCGACAACAUGAUGACAUUCCUGGCUGCCGGGCACGAAACCACAGCUUCAGCAUUUACCUGGGCAACCUACGCGCUCUGUCAACACAAGGACAUCCAGUCUCGUCUACGCGAGGAGAUCCACCAGCACAUUUCGGGUCUUGACGCAACGGACAUCACUCACGACGUUAUCGACAACAUGCCCUUCCUGCACGCCGUGUGCCAGGAGGUGUUGAGGUUGUGGGCUCCUGUACCCCUGACAAUCCGCGAUACCGCUGUCAACACGAGUAUCCUGGGCGAAUUCGUGCCCAAGAGCACCAAGAUCAUUAUCGCACCGUGGGCCGUCAAUCACAAUGUCGAGUUGUGGGGUGAGGAUGCUGCGGAAUUCAAUCCCGAUCGGUGGAUGGCCGCUGGCCAGGCCAACGCUGGUGGCGCGGUGAGUAAUUACGCUUUCUUGACGUUCUUGCACGGACCCCGAAGUUGUAUUGGGAUGAAAUUUGCUGUCGCUGAGUUCGCGUGCUUGCUCGCUGCGUUCGUGGGGACAUGGGAGGUCGAAAUGGUUGAACCGGAUGAGAAGAUUGAAGUCAAGGGUGGUAUUACUGCGAGGCCGAGGAAUGGUAUUAGAGUGUUCCUCAAGAGUGCUGGUGGUUGGGGGCGUUGAAUCCUUUCUUGUUGAUAACUAAUGGGCUGCAGCUGCAUAUAUGUUCUGACUUCCUGACUUGGACGGCGAGAUGUGAUAGAUGCACGAUGUUACGAAGCAUGCAAUGGGUUUUUGAAGGGCUUUUCAUCCUCAGGAAAUUUUGUACAGUGGCAGC